AUGGACAGGUACCUGAACAAAGCAAAGUCCAAACUCCAGGACAAGCUCCAACCCUUCCUCCAGGACCACAACAACAACGGCGGCUCCUCAAAUGGCAGUCAACACCACCGCCACAGCAGCAGCAGCGGACCCCCGCCCAUCCCGCCCAAACCUCUGAUCCCGCUCACGUCGCAGCAGUCCGACCGGCCCUCGGCCAUCACGCGCGUGACGCCGCUGGACGUGCUGCGCUACCGCUACCAGCACGGCGCGAACCUGGGCUCCAUCUACGUGCUCGAGAAAUGGCUCUUCCCCGCCAUGUUUCCCGGGUCGUGCGCCGGGCACGGCAAGAGCAGCGAGCUGGCGGCGGUGCGGGCGAGCGUCGACGAGCUGGGCAUGGACGGCGCGCGCGAGAAGUUCGAGCGGCACUGGGCCGGCGCCGUGACGGACGCGGAUCUGGACUGGUUGGUGGGAAAAGCGAAGUGCAACACCAUCCGCCUCCCCAUCGGCUACUUCACCCUCGGGCCCGCCUUCCUCUCCUCCCCCUCGGACCCCUUCCACCGCUUCGCCCCCGUCUACGCCAACGCGUGGUCCUCCGUCCGCGCGCUCGUCGCCCGCCUGCGCGCCCGCGGCGUCGGCACCCUGCUCGACCUGCACGGCCUGCCCGGCGGCGCCAACGGCUGCGACCACAGCGGCACCGACGCCGGGCGCGCGCAGCACUGGCGGUCCCCCCCCUGCCGCGCGCACUCGACGCGCUGCCUCGCGUGGAUCGCGGCGCAGGUCCGCGACGACGCCGCGCUGCGCGAGGGCGUCGUCGGCUUGCAGGUCGUCAACGAGGCGGAGUGGGGCGCCGAGGGGUUGUGGGCGUGGUGCGAGGGCGUGGUGCGCGCCGUGGCGGAGGUCGAUCCCGGACUGCCGGUUUAUGUGAGCGAUGCGUGGGAUUUGGAGAAGGCGGUGGGGUGGGCGGCGGAGGUGAAUAGGGUGGGCGUCGGGGCGAGGGUGGCGCCGGUGGUGGUGGACACGCAUUUGUACUGGUGCUUUGCGGAUAAGCAUAAGAAGAUGGGGCCGGAGGAGGUGGUGAGGGAGGCGAGGGGGAAGCUGGCGCAGCUGGACGCGAGGGAGGGGGAUGUGCUGAAGAAGGGGGCGGUGGCCGCGGUGGUGGGCGAGUACAGCUGCGUCUUGAGCGAGGAGACGUGGAAAAAGGCCGGGGGCAAGGCCAAGGACGAGUGGGUGAGGGAGUUUGGGCAGGCGCUGAGCGGGCGGCUGCAGAAGAAGGCCAUGGGCAGCCACUUUUGGACGUACAAGAUGCAGUGGAUGCCUGGCGGCGAGUGGGGCUUCAAGGCGUGCACCGAGAAGGGCGCCAUCACGCCGCAUUGGACGCUGGCGUUGUCGGCGGAUGAGGUCCGUCAGAGGCUCGAGGUGGCGCAGGCGCAGAGGGACGAGAAGUUUGGAGAGAGCUUUGCCCAGCAUUGCGGGUACUGGGACAACAACUCUCCUGGGACACCGUUCGAGCACUGGCGCUAUGAGCAAGGGUGGAAGCAGGGUUUCGACGAUGCAGCCGCGUUCUUUGGUAUGCGCGUUAAUGGCGGGUAUGGAGAUGUGGCGACGCUGGGAGAAGGUGGUGCAGGAGGGGGCGUUGGCGGCGACAAGAUCGGAAGCUUGGAGGUUUGGGUGCGGAGGAGGUUGAUCGAGAGCGGCAUGGGUGGCCAAUUUGUGUGGGAGUAUGAGCAGGGUUUGAGAAAGGGUGUUGGCGAGUUCUGUGAGCUUGCAGGUGGCCUGUGA